AUGUCAAUCCCACCCCUCUCCCUCGAACCAAAUGCCCUCUACGUUCUCCUCAUUGACCUAGGCGGUAGCUGUCCCUUUGAAUGGAAACUAUAUCUCGCCUCAACACCCACAACGGGCCGAACCUUCUAUAUAACCAACGACACAGGCCCAAUCGCCUGGCAAUACAAAACCGAGGUCGUUUAUAGCAUAGCAAGCGACACGCGGGUAGUGUUAGCGUUGAAGAUUGGCGCAAUCGGACCCGUCCUGCAUGCCGCACUGGGGACACGUCUGGCACUUGUCCCGCUGGCGUUGUUCUCGGCUCGCUUCCGAGAGGGUCUUUGUUGCCGCGUGUGGGUCCAGGAGGCGCUUUUUGCCUUGGAUGAUGAGGGUUAUAUUAGUCUUGUCCGGAGUAUUGUGGAUAUCGAGCAGGAGGCGAGGCAGCUUGGGAUGCUUGAUAGAAGCCGGGGGACUAGGUCCGCGGUCAGGAGUAGUGGGUUUGGUGAUUGA